AUGGCUUUGAAUCCUAAUAAUGAUCCUUUGAUGUGCAAGUGUUUCCCUACGAGCUUGGCUGGACCAGCUCUCAAUUGGUUCAAGAAUCUGGCUCAAGGCUCAAUCGCCAGUUUCCAGGACUUAUGCGAUAAGUUCAUAAGCCAGUAUUACGGGAAUAAGCGUCCGGCUGAGGAUGUAUCGAGCCUUUUCACAAUGAAGCAGCAUGAGGAUGAGCGGCUCCAAGCUUUUCUCACCCGGUUCAACCUCGUUAAAAGCAUGGUAAUGGAGUGUCACCAGUCAACAGCAGUCCAAGCAUUUAAACUCGCAAUGAAACGGGAGACGCCGUUCCACACCAGCUUGGUGGUUAAUACGCCAAGGACAAUGGACGAGCUGAACGAGAAAGCUGACGGUUUUGUUCGCCUUGAGGAGGAAGAAGCAGCUAAUUCAAGGAAGACGUCAAUUAUUUCGAUGGAGGAGAAGUCCAAAGCCAAGAUCCGGCAAAAACAAGCUCAACCGCAACAUCACCCCUCAUGGAAGGCGGAGAAGAGGCCUAGGGAGGAGGAAUCAAUCACUCCACUCAGAGUCACCUUAGCAAGGCUAUACCAGGAGAGCAAAGAUAAGUUUCGUCCUCCUCUGCCAAUCAGGAACCUAAGGAGGCAGGUAGAGAUGUUAAUCGCAAAGGGGGCAUACGUCCUAGAAACUAUGACAGGAAGGGUAGUCAAUAAGCCAUGGAAUACUACGUCUCUGAAAAGGUACUACUAG